AUGAGGAGCCGGCAGACAGCGGGAAGAGCGCGGGCAGACCGGCAGAAGGCAAGCCAUGGACAAGGAGGGACAAACACUCAGCAGCCAAUCCAUCCCCGUCUGCUGCCCCAGGGUCACCCUGUUAGAUUGGGACUGUAUUUGGGACUGUCCGCAGCUGUAGUUCUCAGUUUAACGAUCAACCUGAUUGUAUGCUGCAAGUACUGUCAACGCUCGAGGAAGAACAGUGUCCCCCAGACAAAGGAGACGUGCAACAACGUUGCCGAGGUUGACGAUGCCGCUGCUGCCGAGCUGGAAUGGUACACGGAAAUACCACUAACAGACAUGGCCCAGGCCAGGGAGUCCACUGGUGGGAACAGCGGCGGGGGAAGUGGAGCCGCUGCUUUUGUGGAUGACGUUUACGACGUUGCUGUUGAACGCAAACCGGGAUUCCCUGUUGUUGUUGGCAGUAUAUAUUCCAAGUUGUCACAUGAUCAGUAAUUGGGGUCUCCAUGCUAAACUUCACGGUAUACUGCAGCAUGGUAUCUCGGUGUGCUCCCACUAUAAUAUCACCUCAAGUCCAGGCAUUUGCAUCCACAACUUUACAUGUCUGCCACUAUGCAACCGCAACAUUAAACUCAAUUUCA